UAUUAUAUAUAUUUAUUAUUUUUAUAACAGGGAGAAUAUCGUUUGAUUAUUGAUAAAUUAUAUCAGUGUGGAUCAAGUACAAACCAUACAAUUAAAUUAAAUAUCUUUUCCAGUAAAAAGACAUCCAAUAUAACUGAAAUGAAAGGGAAUAUAACGUUGUUAAAACCUUACGACGAUAAUCUUACACUUGAUAUGAACGUGUCGACUUGGGGUUCAACUGGAGGUUGGAUACCAAAUCAUUAUAUUCUCAUAAGAAAAAAGGCAUGCAGUAGUUUAAGAAAUCUUUAUGGAAAUGCAUGGUUUACAUUACUCAAUGCUUUUAACGUUCCAACUGAUAGAUGUCCAAUACCAGUGGGCACAUAUAUUACAUCAGGGUAUGAAUUGACGAAAUUCGAAGAUAUGAAUUUGCCCAAAGUAAGUUUUUAUGGAAAAUAUAAAGUAGUGGGCCGCAUUAAAAAUGUUGAAAAUAAAGAUGUUUGUUGCAUUGUUGUGGAAACAAAUUUUAUACGACCAUGGGAAACAUUAAUUUAAUAAAAUUAUUACAAACUAAUAAUACUUGUUAUUAACUUCCUUUAAAAAAUAUAAAGGAUAGGGGUACUAUAUUAUAAUUU